GGAAAUGCGGUUUGCUUACUUAUGCGGAAAAAUGGCUGCUGCCAGUUUGGCUGUUUUGUGCAGGAGAGUGUCGGCGGCCCUGAAGGCUUCCAGGUCGUUAAUAAGUCCUCAGGUCCCUGCUAGCACAAGUUGCAGGUUUUCUCUUUGUCUGUUGACUAAGAAUACACCAAAUGUCACAUCUUUUCAUCAGUGUAGAUUACUUCAUACCACAUUGUCUAGGAGAGGACUGGAAGAAUUUUUUGAUGACCCAAAGAAUUGGGGGGAAGAAAAAGUGAAAUCUGGAGCUUCAUGGACCUGUCAGCAAUUAAGGAACAAAAGUAAUGAAGAUUUACAUAAACUUUGGUAUGUUCUCCUGAAAGAAAGAAACAUGCUCCUAACUCUAGAACAGGAGGCUAAGCGGCAGAGUUUGCCAAUGCCAAGUCCGGAGCGGUUAGAAAAGGUAGUAGAUUCCAUGGAUGCAUUAGAUAAAGUUGUCCAGGAAAGGGAAGAUGCCCUCAGACUUCUUCAGACUGGUCAAGAAAAAGCUAGACCUGGUGCUUGGAGAAGAGACAUCUUUGGAAGAAUCAUCUGGCACAAGUUCAAGCAGUGGCCUAUACCUUGGUACCUAAAUAAAAGAUACAAUAGAAAACGAUUCUUUGCAAUGCCCUAUGUGGAACGUUUUGUCAGUUUGCUGGAGAUCCUUCACGAACAGCUUCCUGAGUGCCAAGAGCAAGUGCUAGGUUAACAGAGUUCACAACAUGGGGGUGGGGAGUUGGAGGUAAAUCCCAGAAAUAAAAUUCAUUCAUCACUUACUUUUGAUGCAAUCAUAUAUGGAGGAAUCAGUUCUAUAUUCAUUUCUUGGAAGAGUUCUCUGCACUGCAUAGUAAUAAAGUCUCCAGCAAGAGGGGAUUUUACAAUGCCUAUGAAACAGAUUAAACAAGGCUAAGAAAGCAUUCCAUCCAAACUCCCUGGGACAAAUUUCCUCUGUGUAUUUAUACAUGAUCAAUUGUUUUCAAGCAGAAUUAAUGGAACUAUCCCUCCAGGCAUGAAUGAAGCCAUGCAUCAGUUUUAAAUAUACACUAUAUACUAAAGAUUAAAAAAAAAAACACUUAAAGACAUGACUGGGAAACUGAUAUACUUUGAUAGUCCAAGUCAUUGCUUUAUUUCAUGAUCUGUGUCCUCUGUGCACCCUGGUUAAAUACAGUUACCUUGCUGAAGGACAUAGCCAUCGUGAACUGGAAUUGCAGUGGUAUGAGUGGCUCCACUGUCCAAGAUAAGCCCAGUAGAACGACCAUUAGCAAAUCUAGUUUAAAGCAUUAAGGAAAAGAAAGUAUCAAGGUUCCUAAAAUAAUGUUUAUUGUAAAGGGAAGGUUUUAUUAAGGCAUUUUUAAAACAUGUGCAUUGUGGCUUAAAAUGCGUUAAAAAAAAAUAAAAUAGGGCUUCCCUGGUGGCUCAGUGGUUGAGAGUCCACCUGCCGAUGCAGGGGACACGGGUUCGUGCCCUGGUCCAGGAGGAUCCCACAUGCUGCGGAGCGGCUGGGCCCGUGAGCCAUGGCCGCUGAGCCUGCGUGUCUGGAGCCUGUGCUCCGCAGCGGGAGAGACCACAACAGUGAGAGGCCCGCGUACCGCAAAAAAAAUUAAAAAAUAAAUAAAAUAAUAAAAUAAAUAUGGGGAUGAAAGUUGGCAUCAAAUAAUAACUCUGGUUUCAAAACAAAUGAGAACAGGCAGGAUUUCCAGAAUGGUGGUGUGAGGAAGUCAGAGAAACCUUUAUCCCAGAGAGACAUCUGUUAAACUGGUCCAAAUUAGCACAAUUAUUCAAAGUCCCUGGCACAGAUCAAAGGGCUUACAACAAACUGAGAAGCAUUUAACAAAAUCUAUAGAAACUUGGUAAGAACAGUGGGAGGCUGUGACAUUUGAGAUAAGAACUAAAACCAUUCUCACAUAGGAUUAAAGAACCAUUUCAGCAGUUUGGCAGGUGAGUGGCUGUUAUCAUCAUCUCCCCCAACUCAAUAGGAAGAGCUAUUCCAGGCAGAUUCAACAGCCAGUGAAUAUCAGCAGACUCCACUUAUCCCAUUUUCCACAGCUCUGUGCUGCAGAAGGCCUACAUCACGUGAACAUCAUAAACCAACAUUUAGGAGUAGAGCCAUUCACUGGAUCAUCAAAUAUUUACUGAGCAUCUAUUAUGUGCCUAGUGAUAGGUCUGGUGCCCAAUAAAGGAGGGCAGCAGGGAGGUCAUUCUCUCACUAGCACUCCUUAAGCAGAGAAGACACGAAGAGGUGAACCAAAACUGUCUUUGCCCUGAAGGAUAUCCUGAUAAGUGCAGCAGAGAUCAAUAAAGCUAUAAAAAGAACAGUUUGAGAUGCCAUGGGAGAGUAUAUAGGAAUAUAACCGGUCCCUGGGAAAUUCAAUUGUAAGCUGGGGAGGGGGACAUGGGGAAGAGGAGAAACAUGCGGGAAGGCGAGGAGGCAAGAGAGCAUAGUGAAGAGGUCAGGGAAGUGCAGCAUAGUUCAGUGGGGCCUGAAAGGAGAAGAAAGGCAAGGCUGUGGAAGAUGAUUCUGGCUUAAAUCAGCAGACUGGCAAUUAACAAAGAUGAUCAGAGCUGCAGUGUGAAGACUGGGCAAGAUAAGAGGAAGGGGUGCACCUAAUGCAAUGGCAGUGGAUAGAGAAAUAAAUGGAUUUGAGGGUUUGGUUUGGGGCCGGGGGAGGCUGGAGAAUAGACAGGUCUUGAUAACUACAAAAUCUGAAGGGUUAAUGAGAAAGAUUUCUGGUCUAGACAACUGGGAGUAAGAUAAUACACAAAGGAGAAAGAAUAAAUUUGAUGGGAGAGAAGAAUUUUGGAUAUAUUGAGUUUAAAGUGCUUAAACAGAUAACUAAUAGAAAAAAGUUCUAGUAGACAGCUGGACGUGGGCCUGGAGCUCACAAGAAAGAUCUGGGAUACAAACAUGGAUUUGGAAUUUGUCAGUGUAUAACUGGUAUCUGAAGCCAAGGAAAUAGAUAGUUAAACCAGAAAGAACAUGUCAAGAGGGAUGAAGGGCUAAGGGCAGAGAACUAAGGCAUGGGCAGGAACGAUCAGAGGAAAGAGGUCUGAGAAUAAAUGGCCAGAACGAUAGGUUAGUAAUUUAUCUUUGCUAUUACUGGUACUCCAUUGAUCUCUGGUCAUCUAUAUACAUAAACACUAAUUUUAUCUCUGUUAGUACAAAGUGAUACAGUAACACCAGACUAAAAGUAUGUAAGCUCUCCUGAAGAUGGCGAUUAUAAAACCUGGACAAAUUAUUUUAAGUGACCAUUUUAAGAUACUGGAAAGUAUUCAAAAGUAGUCAAAACUCAGCCAAAACUUAUCUUCAUGAAACUGCAACCAGAGGGGGUAAAAACUGCAAGUUUGCAGCUUCCUCGCCUAAAAGUGCUUCCCAGCUCCAUGGCUAUGGUUCAGGAAAGCAGUGAUGAAAAAUCGCAACUUUACCACCUUGAGUGAACACAGAAAGGAGUUCAGGGGUGGAAGAAAAGCUGGACAUUUAAGGUAGAAACUCUGGAAGAAAGAGAACCACAGAAGGGAUAAAACCCAAAAUCUGAGUAUAAAAUCUACCCAAAUCUCUGGUUGACAACUGAACUAUUCAACUGCAGGACUGCAGGGGGACCAACAAAAUGCAGAGAACAGAAGGGCAAUGCAUUCUUGAAAAACAGAGGUGCACCAAUGAGUUCUGUGAUUUUGCUACCUUUUUAAAUCAAUGAAUUCUCCAAGAGCAUGCAGCUCUGACAGGAGAAGGCUGAAGCCUGCCUCGCAAAUUGAGGUGUCAAGAGGACAGAGCCUGAGGCUGGCAGAUAAGAGCCCAGCUAUCAAUUAAGUCAGAUAAAACAAUACUACUC